CUGAAGGCCCUCCGAGGAAAAGAAUGAACAAUCUCCAACAGGAACUCUUGAUCUCUGUCCAAUUUUCUUGAUACUUUUUGGAUUCUACAUUCACCAGCACCUACAGAAUAAAAAAAAUCUUCCCUGGCAGAAAUCUCAGUCAUCAAUUCAGGAACCAGCAGAUAUCGACAUACCACUUAAUCCGAGGAUGCCAACAGUUCCACAACAAGUUGUUUGCAAAAAACCCAUGACGAACUCAACACCUCAAACAGAAAAGGCGUUGAAGAGGAGGAAAAUAUUAAUCUGGAUUCUGAUAGCAGUUGUGAUUUUGGGCAUAUUGGUCACUGCAGGAUAUUUUGUUAAGAAGCUAAUUGAAAGCAAUUACUACUACUGCACACGCUCAGCGAAGUUCAUCCCACUCGCUAAAUCCUGUGAUGGGAACAUUGAUUGCUUUUAUGGAGAAGAUGAGGUUUAUUGUUCGACAGAAUUCAAAGCAAACGACACAUUUCCAGUGCGUCUAAUUUCUGCUGAGCGUGUCCUCCAAGUGUUCAAUGGCAAAACAUGGGUGACCGUCUGCAACGACGACUGGAGCACACAGCACACCGAGACCGCUUGCAAACAACUAGGAUACACAAAUUCCCCAACAAGCAAAAAUGUCUAUGUUAGCUCCUUGCCGUCUCCUUUAAAAACUGGACCGUUCACGGCAGUCAGGAUCGGGAGUGGAAGCACACCAGUACAUCAGGCAACCAUUGACCGCAGCGUGUGCCGCACUGGAUCUGUGGUCUCUUUGACGUGCUCAGAUUGUGGAGUGGGGGGCAAUCUGGAGCGCAUCGUUGGUGGCGUGGAUGCCCAUAUAGAGGAAUAUCCCUGGCAAGUGAGCCUGCAGAAUGGCGGGCACAGAUGUGGCGGCUCACUGGUGUCAUCACGCUGGAUUGUCACUGCCGCCCACUGCUUUAGCGGUAACAAAGAGCUGAGUCGGUGGACAGUGAUGUCAGGAGAGACAUACUUGACCACAUUAGGAGGCUCUUCUGUGGACAAGAUCAUAAUCCAUGAUCAAUACGAUGAAGCCAGUAGCGACUACGACUUGGCAAUGAUGAGGCUGAGCAGUCCGAUCUCAGUGGGAGAUAAACGUAAGCCGGUGUGUCUCCCUCCUAAAGACCUUCUCCUUCCUGACAAGGCUCCUGUGGUUGUUUCAGGCUGGGGACUGCUGAGAGAAAAUGGGAAAAUUUCAACUACACUGCAAAAGGCUAAUAUUGAGAUGAUUGAUCGAAAUACAUGUUCCAGUAUUUAUGCCACCAUGCUAUCGCAAAGAAUGGUCUGUGCUGGCAACUUGAAGGGAGGCGUGGAUUCCUGCCAGGGCGAUAGCGGAGGCCCCUUGGUGUAUCUUUCCGCCUCUCAGUGGUAUCUGGUGGGAGUGGUGAGCUGGGGCGAUGGCUGCGCGCGGGAAAACCGGCCUGGCGUCUACAGCAACGUGGAUAACAUGCUCAACUGGAUCUAUGCAGCCAUAGAGAAAAACCCAUGAUGUUCCACCGUGACUGGAGCCACUAGAUGGAUUUCAGGCAUUUUUACCUGAGACAGACUGUGAAGCUCAAAGUUCUUGUUUUAGCACUGCUGUAUGGAAAAAAGAGGACUUUGAGGGAGAAGAGAGGAAUAUGCACAUCUACUGUCAAUGAAACAUUUGCAUUGCCCUGAGCCACAAAAGUAUGGAUGCAGACAUAUUCAUUUUCACAGAUUGUGCCAUUAUGUCCGUAUUUACCUCAGGGAACAUGCUUGUUUUUGUUUCCUUCUGUUGCCUAAUUAAGGUCUCAAAAAGUAUUGUAGCUUUUGUUUUUUCUUUCUUUAUUCUGGAAGCACUUUUUGGCAAAACAAGCCAGUCAGAGCAGAUUCAGUGAUGUGUGUUUUUUGCAAUAAUGGAUGCUUUUAUGGUGCUGGAUUUGUGACCCUUCUCUCCACUUAAGACCCAAUAAUGCCCGAUUUUUACAGGCGAGGAUAUUUUAGUCUAAUUGAAAAAGAAAUAGCAUUUUAUUGUAUCACAGUGACUCAUUAAUACUCACAUGAAAUAUUUAAAAGUGCAGGUCAAAUAAUUUUUGCCUUUCCAUGUAAAUUAAAUGUUGUUGCUGUUAACAUUUAUUUGGUUUUAACAUAUACUUGUAAAUAGUCUGUAAAUAUGAUCAACUUUUUCCUCACCUUGGAGGCUGUUAUGUUGAAGUGAGAAUAAAACUGGGAAAUUAA